UUAACGUAUAUUUGGCGAAUAAAAUUUCGAGGGAGAGCGUAGUGUCCCUAACUAGGUUCCAGUCUCUUUCAUCCAUUUAAACAGGAGAGGUACAAUAGCGAAGCUUGACUAACAACAUGGCAGACGAAUCGGCGAACGAGGCUCACGAGCUGGAGGGGACCUUCGCUAACAGAGCAACCGAAUGUUGUGAUUUAUUGCCGUACCUAAAACGUUUGGUCUAUGAAGCUUUGUCUACUGUUGUUAGUAUGGAUCAAACAAAUCUAGAUUCGUGUUCUCUGAAGUUCAACAAGAAAUUGGAAAAUGGAGAUUUAAUCAUUCCAGCUUUUGUACGGAGUUAUCUUGGCGCUGGCAAGGUGGUUGAAUUUCAAAGUCUCUGUCAGGAGAUAAGUGACCAUGUGUCUAAAGUUCAGUUUGUCAGACAGUGUUGUGUGACAAGUGGGGGAAAUCUUCUGUUGAGUCUCAACAAGGCAGAUGUAACAAGUGCUGUGUUUAACAAUAUCAUCAAAGAAACAGAUCAAUAUGGACAGUCAAGCAAGCAGACACAUCAGUGUGUUUUAUUGAAUCCCUCUCUUUCGGUUCAUGUGGAGGAUGAAGGUCAUUUAAAUCUGGAUCAACUGAGAACAAUUCUCAUUUGCGAACACAUUAAGGAACUUUUAAAUGCAAAUGGCAUUGACGUGAAAUCAGCUUUGGACUAUAAGAGCCAAGAAACUUGUACAUGUAAGGAUGCAAGUAUCCAAGGCUACCAGGAAACCUACAACCUCUUCUCUCCAUCAUUAUUUAAUGUAAGGAAAAUCAGCCUGUGGACAGAAAAAGACCUUACUACUAAAGCUGAAGAACUUUAUGAAAUAUUAAAAAAUGGCAAAUAUGCGGACUCUUUGAACAGAAAGACUGGAAGGCAGGCCAUCCAUGAGGCUGAGCUUAGUUCUCUUUGUGAGAGUAAAUGUAGUUGCCAAGACUCUGAUUUAAAUUGUGAUGAGGUUAUUUUGGAUUUGCCCAAUUUUUGCCAAGAUAAUGAGCUGUAUUCAGUGACCCUAAAUAAAUUAUCAGUUUCACCAACAAGUUCAAUUCUUCUCGAUGUGGCAAAGUUGGAUUUAGUUGAAAAAAAUACUGGAAAUUUAGAUAUGGUGGUUCACUUAACAACCUGUAAACAAGCAUUUAGUCAACAGCAAACUAGCACAGUUUGGCAAAUGACGUCAACAAAUCUGGCCAUGAAGAAACAGUUUUUCCUUUCACUUGGGCUUGUUUCAUUGUACAAAGAUGAGCAAAGACUUCACGAUCAUCUUGAUGUCUUGGAGUUACUAAGAAUUCGUGAAAAACAACUUCGAGCUUCUUAUGUACUGAAGUAUGGCAAUAAAGUUGUAGGUCAUGGCUGGGACACAUCAAUUAGGGAAAUGGCGGUGGCUGCAAUCAAAUUAGAAACUCUUUCUUGUGCUCCAAACAGUGAAAUAAAAAUUGACAUAAGUGAAACCUCAAGAGAAUUCAGGCAAGCCACCUUUGUUUUAUACAACUGUGCCAGGCUUGCUAAAUUAUUUGCAAACUUUGAGGAGAAUGUCCAGAAAGGUGUUUAUCCAGCACUACCUCCCAUCAGUGAGGUGGAUUUUAGCCUACUACGUGAUCAUGCUGAAUGGGAGUUGACUUUACAUUUUAUAGUAGCUUUUCCAUCUGUGAUUAAGGGUGCUGUCUCUGGACUGAAAAUGUGUACAUCAAAAUCUCAAAAUGUCAUUAUUCACUCAAAUAAGAUCUGCUGUUUCCUUUUCAAUUUAAGCCACAAGUUCAGUUCUUAUUACGGCCGAGUUCACAUACUUGGAGAGCCAAGACAGCAUCUCUUUCCUACAAUGUUUGCUAGAUUGUAUCUAAUGAAAGCUCUUCAGCAGGUCAGUUUACUUCAACCACUAUGUUGUCUAUGUACUGUGUUUUAUAUCAAGUGACUGUUUAUCUCCUCUUUAUCUCCAUGGGAUCCAUUGGCUCUGUAAGUU